UUUGACGUUUGUCUUUUUGGUCUACCUCUUUUCAGCACGUCACAAUUUCGGUAGUUAAUUUUAUUGUGUAAAAAAUUUACUAAUUGCGCGUUUCGAGCAAGAAUAUCUAUUCAAAACUAAUAUGAAUUUGCAGUGAAUGAUUACCAGCGUUAUGGAAAAGUUUCCUUUAAAGGGUAAUCGUGAAAUUGCUGCAGAGGGAAACAGCUAUAUAACAGCGUAUCAGUCUGUAUUAAAGAAGGCGAACGGUCAAACGGGAAGCGACGCGAAUAAUCCAGACCAUCCUUUAGCAGCUCAAUCAGGCAGUGCAGCAACGACGUCCUUAACUACGCCAGAAGAAGAUGAUGAAAUGAUUGACAUCACUCCGCGAUCCAGCCCAGGUGACGUAGCGAAUCAUUUUAAUACAUACAGUCGCACAAGUACCGCUGAUAAUUCCGACAUGGAAAGAGAACGAGGAGAUUAUCGUCAUCAACAAUUAAAUAGCGGUAGUCACCAGCAGCAGCGUUCACAUCAACAUGUGCCAACACAUAGUGCUUUCGGAGAUUCAUUGGAUGCUGGUUUAUCAUUUUACGGAUCCUCAGAACCUCAUGAAGAUAUACCGGGGAUUGGACAGUACGAUGAUUUUCAUACGAUAGACUGGCAACGUGACAUUGCAAGAGAUCGUAUGCGACAUCGUUAUAUUGUGAAGAAACGUCAAGACUCGUUGUGGGAUUUGGUCAAAGGAGCCCAUGAUGCAUGGUCGGGAUGGCUGUGUGUUUUGUUAGUGGGAAUCGCGGCAGGAUGUGUUGCCGGUAUGGUGGAUAUUGGAGCUAGUUGGAUGUCAGAUUUGAAGCAUGGAAUUUGUCCACAAGCUUUUUGGUUUAAUCGUGAACAAUGUUGUUGGCCUACCAAACAGUCGGUCUUCGAGGAAGGCAACUGCUCAACGUGGAAGACAUGGCCCCAGAUUUUUGGCUUAAGUCGUGAGGGUACGGGAGCAUAUAUAAUAUCCUACAUUUGGUAUGUUCUAUGGGCAUUGUUAUUUGCUGCUCUGAGUGCUUCCCUUGUGCGGAUGUUUGCACCGUACGCCUGUGGUUCCGGUAUUCCAGAAAUAAAAACUAUUUUAUCUGGUUUCAUUAUAAGAGGAUACUUGGGUAAAUGGACGUUGCUUAUUAAGUCGGUGGGUCUAAUGCUGUCUGUGUCUGCUGGCUUAACACUGGGAAAAGAAGGCCCGAUGGUACAUAUUGCUAGCUGCAUUGGCAAUAUAUUUUCCCAUUUGUUUCCAAAGUACGGACGAAAUGAAGCAAAAAAGAGAGAAAUCUUAUCGGCCGCAGCUGCAGCGGGCGUUUCAGUGGCUUUCGGAGCUCCGAUCGGCGGUGUUUUGUUUUCCUUGGAAGAAGUUUCCUAUUAUUUUCCACUAAAGACUCUGUGGCGUUCGUUCUUUUGUGCAUUAAUAGCCGCUUUUGUCCUAAGAUCUCUGACACCAUUUGGCAAUGAACACUCCGUGCUAUUUUUCGUGGAGUAUAAACAACCUUGGAUUUUCUUCGAAUUGAUACCAUUUGUAUUUUUAGGUAUCAUGGGGGGUGUCAUUGGGACACUUUUCAUCAAAGCCAACUUGUGGUGGUGUCGUUUCAGAAAAUUCAGCAAAUUGGGACAAUAUCCCGUCAUGGAAGUGUUGGUCGUCACUCUUGUCACCGGCAUUAUAUGUUAUCCAAACCCAUUUACUCGCAUGAAUAUGAAUGAACUUAUUUAUUUGCUCUUCAGCCAGUGCUCUGCAGGAGAUGUAUCGAACCCUCUAUGUGAUUACACGCGCAUGAAUAUAACAAGUGGAACAUCUUCUUCGAUAGAGGUCACUCAAUUGGGCCCUGGAGUCUAUCGUGCAAUUGGUUUGCUCAUUUUGACAUUUUUCUUAAAGCUUGCAUUAACAGUUUUUACAUUCGGUAUGAAAGUUCCGGCGGGUCUUUUUAUACCUUCACUACUGCUUGGAGCCAUCAUGGGGAGAAUUGUGGGCAUUGCCGUAGAACAAUUCGCAUAUAGUUAUCCAAAUGUUUGGUUCUUUACCGGAGAGUGUGUCACGGGAAACAAUCUGAUAACCCCGGGCUUAUAUGCUAUUGUGGGUGCUGCUGCAACUUUGGGCGGUGUGACACGCAUGACGGUAUCCUUGGUUGUGAUAAUGUUCGAACUGACCGGCGGUGUUGGCUAUAUUGUACCAUUGAUGGCUGCUGCUAUGGCUUCAAAGUGGGUCGGUGAUGCUCUGGGAAGACAGGGUAUUUAUGACGCACAUAUUGCCCUUAAUGGUUACCCCUUCCUAGAUAGUAAAGAAGAAUUUGCCCAUACUACCCUGGCAGCAGAUGUAAUGCAACCAAAGCGCAAUGAAACACUUAACGUCAUUACACAAGAUUCUAUGACUGUUGACGACAUUGAGACUCUACUGAAGGAAACUGAACACAAUGGAUAUCCAGUGGUCGUUUCCCGAGAAAAUCAAUACCUCGUGGGUUUUGUAUUGCGCAGGGAUCUCAAUUUAGCUUUGGGUAAUGCGAAGCGUUUUGUCGAAGGAAUAAGCGGACACUCUAUAGUAUUGUUUACGUCGACCGCACCUGCACAAAACCUGGGACCACCACCGGUGAAAAUGAAAAAGAUUCUCGAUAUGGCGCCAAUUACAGUAACGGAUCAAACACCCAUGGAAACUGUAGUUGAUAUGUUCCGAAAGUUAGGAUUGAGGCAAACACUUGUAACACAUAACGGGCGUUUGUUGGGAGUUAUAACGAAGAAGGAUGUACUGAGGCAUGUCAAGCAAAUGGACAAUGAAGACCCAAACACAGUUCUAUUCAAUUAAUUUGGAAAGCAUACUGGCGAUAAUAUUUCAAAAUGCAACAGCUCCAAAUCGAGUUACGCUCCUGCGUCAAAAUUAUACGCGGCGAGCGCUUUUCUAUCAUAUCGAACUUACUUUUGACUUCUUUGCAAGUUAUAUGGCGAUUGAAUGGCUGGCUUGGUAUUAAGACCCACAUUGAUUGUAAACAAAUGCAGCACGCAAUAUUAUCGUUGUUGUUUUGUAAUAAUGAAUGCAUGCGAUACAAAUUUUUAGAAAAUUAUGAUGUGAUGAGUUUAUAACAAUUAUGAUUAAAAUACUGUAUAGAUGAAAAGUAGAAAAUCUUUAAUGUUAGACAUAACCUCUAGUUCUGGUCUUACUGCUCUGGCAUGAGAACCAAUAGUUUUUCGGAGCUAAACAUUUCUACAAAUUUUAGUUCGAAACCGAAUUGUUACAAAUACAUGUCCUUGUUUUUAUUUA